GGAUUUCGAAUUUUGCUUCGUAUGGCUCCGAAUUUCAUCUGACAGUGGGGUAACAAAAACAGACCGCCCCCAUCAGCUAAAUGAUCGUCGAAUGGAUAACUGUUGCAAUGGGUAUCCUGAUUUCCUGCUAUCAUUCAUGCUGUAGACCUAAAAUUGCAAAUGGAGAAUCCAUCAACCCUUAUGCAUCGGAAUACAGAAGGAGGUCAGAACAAGAUGUAAUGAGAGAAAGACAAAUUCGAGAUGAAGUCUGUGGUCUACUUGCUCCUUGCUCACCAACGUGCAGUAAUUCUAGAAAAGCAGAUAUCAUAAAAAAGCCAGAGAAAGGAAUAAUGUUUUAUUCAUGCACCACUUAUGAAUUUGUGAAAUAGUUUUCCACAUCUAUGCUCAACAAUCACUUAGCUCAACUUUUUUUUUUAAAUUCAUGACACAUAAUUGAUGUUUCUUUUCGCAACUUUUCCAUGAAAAUUUUACAAGUUGUAUCAACAAAAUGACAAUAUUUCAAAUUUGAAGCGAAAAAACCA